CACUCUACCAAAUUCCCCCCACAUUCAGAGAAAUACAGUAGGCCAAAAGCAACUAAAAAUGGCUUCUCUUUCCUCUCAAUUACCUUUGCAACCAUCACAAGAAAAUCCUCCCUCAAACUAUUCCAUAUACGCAUCGUUUUGCUGUAGAGAUGCAUCUCCUAACACCAACAUGUCCAUUUGGAUAGAGUGUUACAGUCCUUCAAUCAAUGCAUGGCACCGUAUUACUAGGAUUCCUGGACUUAUUGAGAAUCAUGUCCUAAAGGGUUUCUCUAUGGCCUCCAUAGGUGACUCUAUUUACAUAAUUGGUGGCAGGCUUUGCCAUAAGCUACCUGGCCACGUCCAUGAUGAGCUAGACCUUGAGGUCCGAUCAUCAGUUCUACGGUAUAACGUACGUGACAAUGAGUGGCAUAAAUGUGCCUCGUUAAGCACACCAAGGUUUGAUUUUGCUUGCACUGUAAGUGACAAUAAAAUCUACGUGGCCGGGGGGAAGUGCGCACUGGCAUGCCCGCGUGGAAUUUCUUCUGCUGAGGUGUAUGAUCCAGCACUUGAUGAGUGGAAAGCACUUCCUAAUAUGAGCACUAUGAGAUACAAAUGUGUUGGGGUGACAUGGCAAGGCAAAAUCCAUGUGGUAGGAGGUUUUGCUGAGAGAGACAAUUCCUAUGCAGAAAGGCCUUGGCAUAUAUUGGAAAGGUGUUCUGCUGAGGUGUAUGAUUCAGAACAUGAAAAGUGGGACCUUGUGUUGGGGAUGUGGCAGUUAGAUGUGCCACCUAAUCAAAUAGUAGCUGUGAGUGGCAAUUUGUUUAGCUCAGGAGAUUGCUUAAAUGCUUGGAAAGGUCACAUCGAGGCCUAUGAUGGGAAACAAAAUAUGUGGAAUGAGGUUGAUGGAUCACAUUUGGAAACAUUAUCUUCUCCUAUUUCAACAUCAGAUGCCACAGAGGAAAAUUGGCCUCCCAUCCAACGGCUUUACCUUACUAUGGCACCUAUUGGGACCCACUUGUACUUCUUGGCCGGUUACCGGUUGCCAGGUGAGAUCUCAAGAUCAAUGUCGGUUGUCCACGUAUUUGACACAUCAGCAAAUGAAUAUGGAUGGAGAAGCUUUGAGCCCAUGGAAGAGGAAGGUGAAAAAGAGCUUUGCAGUCACUGCUGUGUUGUUAGACAAACCUUGUAGAAUAACAUGAAUAAAAACCUCCGUUGUAUUACCCACCAUACAAUUUUAUAUACUAAUCUGAAAUUAAUUUCAUAUUUGAAUAAAUAAAAUAAUUUCUAAAAUAUUUAUCUCCAAGUUGAUGAAA